CUCCAUCAAAGUCGAAAACACAAUAGCCAUUGGCAGAAUACCAUUGCAACCUCAAUUCUCGGGAAAUAAGUGGCAUGUUUGACCAUGGUUUCCUCUUCUCGGGGUCGGAAUUAACCGACAGACCGAGAAGUAUCUCAGAAGAUGAAUGGAAUGGGAAUGGGAACAUCCCACGCACGCCCCACCGAGGGGUCCCAGUUACUGCUGGCGGGGUAAACUUCCCCUCGAAAAGCAUCAUCAGCCACUCAUCGUCGCGGCACCUCCUCCAUCGACUUCGAUGAUGGACUAGAGCCAUGCUAUGUGACCCCCACCGGAGGACCUCGGCCGUCUGGAAGCGCUCCCUAUUUCUGUCGCGCUCGCCCUCCUCUUCUUCCUUCAGUCUUUCCUUCUUUCUUCAUCUCUCCUAUCUCUAUUCUCCUCGUGAAUUCCAUCCUCUUACACAAUGUCUCUCGGAAAGAAGGUUACUCUCAACUCCGGUGCUCAGAUCCCCCAGCUGGGAUUUGGUACCUGGCAGUCUGCCCCCGGUCAGGUCGGUGAUGCCGUCUACGAGGCCUUGAAGGCCGGUUACCGCCACUUGGAUCUGGCUACUAUCUACCAGAACCAGCGCGAGGUCGCCGAGGGCAUCAAGAGAGCCUACAAGGACGUCCCUGGCCUCAAGCGUGAGGACAUCUUCAUCACCUCCAAGCUGUGGAACUCCCAGCACGACCCCGCCGUUGUUGAGAAGGCUUUGGACGAGUGCCUUGCUGAGCUCGAGCUUGACUACCUCGAUCUCUACCUCGUCCACUGGCCCGUUUCCUUCACCACCGGCUCCGAGCUCUUCCCCCUCGUCAAGGACAGCUCCGUUGAGGGCGGUGAUGUCGUGAUCAACGACAACAUCUCCAUCGUCGACACCUGGAAGGCCAUGACCCAGCUCCCCAAGAGCAAGGCCCGCACCGUCGGUGUCUCCAACCACAUGAAACACCACCUCGAGGCCAUCAUCAACGCCACCGGUGUCGUCCCCGCCGUCAACCAGAUCGAGCGUCACCCCGUUCUCCAGAGCAACGAGCUCAUCGAAUACUGCCAGCAGAAGGGCAUCCACGUGACUGCCUACUCUGCCUUCGGAAACAACGGCUUCGGCGUCCCCCUCCUCGUCACCCGCCCCGAAGUCAAGGAAGUCGCCGAGUCUGCCUCCAAGCGCCUCGGCACCACCGUCACCCCCGCUCAGGUCGUCCUGGCCUGGUCCCAGGUCGGCGGCCACAGUGUCAUCCCCAAGUCGGUUACGCCGUCCCGCAUCCAGGAGAACUUCAAGGAGGUGGAGCUCACUCCCGAGGAAAUCGCCAAGGUGUCCGAGCUUGGCAAGGACCGCAGACGCUACAACACUCCUUACAUUGCUAACAAGCCUCGCUGGGAUAUUGACAUCUUCGGUGAGGAGGAGGAGAAGCCUGCUGGUCAUAAGGUGAUUGUUUAAAGUGCUGGUCGCUGGGAACUCUCGCUUGUAUGAUGAUGACGAUUAUGUGAUGGGUUAUAUAUUUGUGUAGGAGAUAGAGAAAUGUG